AUGAGCACCCGCCAAGCAACGACACGAAAGCGCAAGCAGGCAGCUGCGGCGAUUGAGAAAGCCAAAAACUCCAAGCCAUCCAAACAACGCAAGUCGCGCCGAAAUGCCCCUGACAACGAGUCUGAUGAGGAGGUACUUGAGAGAAGCGCAGCUCCCGUACCCGGCCAGCUUGAAAAUUGUGAGCAGUGCGGCAAGCGAUUUACGGUAACCACGUAUUCACGUGCUGGUCCAAAGGGAGGCUUGCUUUGUGCCCAGUGUAGCAUUAAGCUAACCAAAGAAGAGAAUGCCGCUAAGAGCGCUUCUAAGAAAGGCAAGCAGAAGGUGGCUGCGGUUCCUACUAGACGUGAACGAAGAAAGAUUCAGAGCCUUAUACUGGAUGGCCAGAUCGGAGUCAAGACCUUAAUGACCCUCUGCGUCGAGACCCUAGCUAACAACAUCCAUCUUGCUGACGAUCUCGGCGAUCUACCUUUACCAGCUAUCGAUCGCAUAUCCAGACAGCUAUCCAAACGCCGUCUCAUGAGUCCCAAGACUCUAGAUCUAUUCAUCCAGCCCCAGGUUCAAGAUAUCAUGAUAUACGAUGGAGGUCGCCUAGGUUCGGAUGACUAUACCCGAAUUUUCCAAAUCUGCUCCAGUCUCAAGACUCUUAAAUUGCGUAACGCGAUCCAGUUCAAAGAUAACGUCAUGGAGUACUUGAUGGGAAGACAUUUCACCCUAGAUACUUUCUAUAUAUCUGGCGCAAACCUACUCAGCAAUGAAUGCUGGGAUAAAUACCUGAAGGCAAAAGGACAAAGCCUUCAAAGUCUUCGUGUCUACUUCACAGAUCGUCAUUUCGGCAACAAAACCGUAGAGUCUCUACGCAAAUACUGCCCAUCUCUGACUAAAUUGAAAAUCUGCCACAACCAAGCGGUUACCGACGAAGGAGUAGAACACAUCGGACAGCUUCAAAGCCUUGAGCACUUAGGGCUACGUCUUGUUACUCAGACCCAAACAAUGCCUUAUGUCAACGUCGUAGAGAAGAUAGGGAGCCAGUUGCGUACCCUCUCUAUCAGAGAUGUUCCAGGUGUUGAUGAUCGCCUACUUGAUGCAAUCCAUAGCCACUGCGCUCGAUUAGUCAAGCUGCGCAUCACAAAUAGCGAGGUCAUGACCGAUGCAGGCUUUGUUAGGCUCUUCAAAGAUUGGAAGAACAGGCCCCUCCUGUUCGUGGACCUGGAACUAUGCCGUCACAUCGACGCAGGAAAUCCCAGAGUAAAUCAGCAUAUGAUUGGCUUCUGCUCAGGCGGGUUCCGAGCCUUGAUGAAGCAUUCGGGCAAGCUCUUAAAAAAGCUCAACAUCCACGGAUGUAGACAUAUAUCCGGUGAGGCGUUUGAAGAUGUGUUCGCUGCCGGACGGGAGUAUCCCGAGCUUUUGGACCUGGAGAUCAGUUUCUGUGAAGAGGUAACAGACUUAAUUGUCGGGCUGAUCUUCAAAAGCUGUCCCAAUCUAAAGAGGCUAAAUGUUUUUGGAUGUAUGAAGGUGAAGGAUGUGCGAGUGCCUAGAGGGAAAAUUUUGGUCGGCGUCCCGAAUGCUAUGGGGAUGAUCAUUGAAGGCACCGAAGAUUAA